AUGAAUGUCUCGGAGGCGGUGCUUCAAGAGGCCCUCGCACGGGUCGAGCACAUACUGCGGGACCUCGUCCGGAAGGAGGCGCCGAGCUCCGCGCACACUCCGCGUGUCACCUUCUGUCUCGGUGAUGACGGUGAAAAUCUCGUAGAUGUCGAAGGGUGCAAGCAGGACUCCGGGGACCUGCAGCCGUGCGGUGAGACGGUGACAUCAAGCAUUUUUCAUUCCUCCCAGGAUAGCAUCGCUCAGCCUCCACGAAGCCACAGUGAGGUGAUUCCUCUACCUGGUUCCUUGCCACAGGCAUUAGGCGGACCACCGGGGAGGUUGUCGUUGGAUGGCAUGCUUGGCAGGCAGACAUCGGUGGACAGCAAGCUAGGCAGGCAGACAUCAGUGGACAGCAGGGUGUUGAGUGCCUUUUCAUCAUCCGGGCAGCAGCGGCAGGCAUCGGUGGACAGCAGCGCGUCUCAGCAGGCCAAUGCUAAGUGGACGAGACAAGUCUCAUGGAUGGCUGAAAAGUCCAGGAACAUUACGCAAGCCAUGAGCUUGGACGAUGCCGAUGACGACGUCCCAAAGUUCCGGGCACAUGACCUGUGGCAGGAGAAGGACGACGUCGUUUCCUACCGCAGUUCACGCAGACCAAGUGUGUGCACAGCGAACCUUUUUUUUGAAUCUCGGCAGAAGAGUUCACUCAGCCCACUCGUGCUGGAAGGUUGGUCGGCUGUAGCUAUGUCGAUGAUCUUCAUGGAAGGAUUCAGGAUUCCUUUGCUUGCCUUUCCCGGGAAUGCUCUGGCACUGAUGGAUUUGCUGGUUCUCAUCUUCUGGCUCAGUAGCGUCCUGGGCGCAUGUCUUAUGAGACGGGGGGAGCCACGAAGUACUCCGUGGCUGGCAUGGCUUUCGCUGGAGACUCUCUUUGCUGCUUCAACUGCAUACAUGCUCGUUGCAAGCACGGUGCCCUUUGCAGUGCUGCUGAGAGGUUUGCCUUUGCUACGCAUUCUCUACAUACACAUGUUGUGGGACUGCUUGUCUGCUCGGCAUCUUCGACCCUGGAUCCAGAGACGAAGCCUCGAAGCUCGCUUCUUUGGAAACUUGCUGCUUGCUGUGCUGACUGGUGCGUUGCUUCUCCACAUCGUGACGUGCGUGUGGUAUGCAGUGGGAGACCGUCCUGGUGGGUGGGUACGAGAGCAGGGCUUCGAGAGCUUUCCACAAUCAGUCCAAUAUCGCAUCGCUACAGAGUGGGCGCUUUCUCGACUCCCACCUUCGCGAAUCCCUGACAAUAUGCUCCUGAACACCCAGGAGGAGCGGGGAGUGGCUGUGUUGGUAACAACCUUGGCCAUGGUCUUUGCCUCCAUUUUCACUUCCAUUGUCACGAACGACAUGUCAGACAUUCGUCGUGCCCAUGCAGCGCAAAGGAAGUCGCAUGAUCAGCUUUCUAAAUACCUCGCAACCUAUCCGGUACCCUGGGACUUGGAGAAGGAGCUGCAGGCAUACCUCCACCGCAACCAGUCCCUGGUUCAGCCACCGCAAAAGCGAGAAAUGGCAUCCUUGCUCCCGGCUUUUCUAUACCGCGAGCUGUGCAGAGAAGCGCUUUCGCCGGUCAUAGCGAAACACGAUUUCCUCUCUGGCCUCAAAUUCCGUUAUCCUUCCUUCCACAUGGACCUUUGUGUGGAGUGCCUUAGCGAAUGGCACUUGGCGUCGGAAGAGAUCUUGUUCUCCAAUGGUCCACUAUGUCACAGCAUGAUGUUUGUGGCCAGUGGGGAGGUACUGAUGAGGUAUGCAGGUUUGCACAAAGAGGUGAUGGCCGAACUAAUUAUAUAUUGCAGGAUCUUCGUCGAAGUCUUGAAUGGCGUCGCCGAUGACGACUUGACAGAUCUCUCCAUUUCCAUGGAGGAUGUUCGGCAGCCAGUUGGUCCGAAUUGA